UCCGGGGACGGCACCGAAACAUCCUCUUUGCAUGACCUAAUCCAGUUCCUCCACCAUCCGGCCUCUAAUCAACUUUUGCGCCGCCAAUCCUCCUCCUCUCACCACUUUCCCGUCACAGCUGCCAACAUGUUCUCGCGAACGGUCGCCUCGUCCCUCCUCCGGCAAGCCGCCCGGCCCACCGCCGUCCGCUCCUCGGCCUCCCUCUUCCGCGCCCCCAUCUCCCCUCUCACUCCUUUCCAGGCACGCCUGCUCUCGGACCAGACCCGGGCAGCCAUCGACAAGGCGGUCGCGUCGGCGCCGGUGGUGCUGUUCAUGAAGGGAACCCCCGAGAUGCCCCAGUGCGGCUUCUCCCGCGCCGCGAUCCAGAUCCUCGGCCUUCAGGGCGUCAACCCCGAAAAGUUUGCCGCCUUCAACGUCCUCGAGGACCCAGAGCUCCGAGAGGGAAUCAAGGAGUACUCGGACUGGCCCACGAUCCCUCAGCUUUACGUCGAGAAGGACUUUGUGGGAGGCUGCGACAUUCUCGUUUCCAUGCACCAGAACGGCGACCUAGCCAAGCUCUUUGAGGAGAAGAAGGUGAUCCUCGAGGGAGAGCUCGGCGAGGGCGACAAGAAGGAGUAG